GUCCGGCAACGCUAAGUGGCAGCACCGACGGUUUUGUUCUCUUUCGUUCAUGGCUCGUGGCAUCGUUUAAAUUGUGUCACGAUGAAGCUGAACGUAUCGUAUCCUGCGACAGGAUGUCAGAAGCUGUUCGAAAUUUCGGAUGAGCACAAGCUCAGAAUAUUUUAUGAGAAGCGUAUGGGUGCUGAAGUCGAGGCUGACGCACUGGGAGAUGAAUGGAAGGGCUAUGUAGUUCGUAUCUCUGGGGGUAACGACAAACAAGGUUUCCCCAUGAAGCAGGGUGUCCUGACAAACGGUCGUGUGCGUUUACUACUUUCCAAGGGACAUUCCUGCUAUAGACCAAGACGAGAUGGUGAGCGUAAACGCAAAUCCGUUCGUGGUUGCAUCGUAGACUCCAAUUUGUCUGUACUAGCUCUUGUCAUUGUAAGAAAAGGCAAACAGGAAAUCCCAGGAUUGACUGACAUGAAUGUACCGCGUCGUCUGGGACCGAAGAGAGCGAGCAAAAUUCGCAAACUCUUCAAUCUUUCCAAAAAGGAUGAUGUUCGGCAGUUCGUAGUAAAACGACCGGUUCAAAAAGAAGGAAAGAAGGAACGAUUCAAGGCGCCAAAGAUUCAGCGCUUGAUUACUCCAAUCGUUCUUCAGAGGAAAAGACAUCGACUGGCACUGAAGAAGAAACGUUGCUUGGCUCGUAAGGAACAAGCGGCAGAGUACGCGAAGUUGCUGGCGCAAAGACAAAAGGAAGCGAAGAACAGGCGCCAAGAAGAACUCAAACGAAGACGCAGCGCCUCCUUGCGCGAAUCCAAAUCGUCAACCCAAACUGCACCAGCGGUGCAAAUGUUACAAAUUCAGUAAAUUGAUGGAUUUUCGAAAUGUAUUUACACAUCAAUAAAAAAAAUUUCAACUAUCUAGUUU